CGCCGGAGCCGCUGGACUGUACAAGCGCCCCGACUAGAAGCGGGUCACGUCAGCGCACACAGGGAGGUUCCUCUUAACCAUGGGUGGCAAAAAAAUCUGCAUCAUCGGCUCUGGCAACUGGGGCUCUGCCAUUGCCAAAAUCGUGGGUGCCAACGCGGGGAAGCUGGACAUGUUCGACACCACGGUGAACAUGUGGGUGUUUGAGGAGGAGGUGAACGGACGCAAGCUCACCGAGAUCAUCAACACCGACCACGAGAACGUGAAGUACCUCCCUGGACACAAGCUGCCCCCCAAUGUGUUGGCCGUGCCUGACCUGCUGGAGUCGGUGAAAGGAACAGACAUUCUCAUCUUCGUCAUCCCACACCAGUUCAUCAACAGAGUCUGUGAGACCAUCAAGGGACACCUCAAGCCGGAUGCUGUGGGCAUGUCACUCAUCAAGGGUGUAGAUGAGGGUCCAGAGGGCCUGAAGCUGAUCUCUGAUGUGAUUCGGGAGAAGCUGGGCAUCACCAUGACUGUCCUGAUGGGAGCCAACCUGGCCAAUGAGGUCGCAGAAGACAAGUUCUGCGAGACCACAAUCGGUUGCAAAUGCAAAGAGACUGGAGCUGUACUGAAAAGUCUCAUGCAGACAAAAAACUUCCGUGUGACUGUGGUGGAGGAAGCUGACGUUGUGGAAAUUUGUGGCGCUCUUAAGAACAUUGUUGCGGUCGGCGCGGGCUUCUGUGACGGUCUGGGCAACGGUGACAACACCAAGGCAGCGGUGAUCCGUCUGGGCCUGAUGGAGAUGAUCGCGUUCGCCAAGCUCUUCUGCAAGGGAAGUGUCUCCCCCUCCACCUUCCUGGAGAGCUGCGGAGUAGCCGACCUCAUCACCACCUGCUACGGAGGACGCAACCGCAAGAUCGGAGCGGCCUUCGCCAAGACAGGGAAGACGAUCGAGGAGCUGGAGAAGGAGAUGCUGAAUGGCCAGAAGCUGCAGGGGCCGGCCACCGCUAUGGAGGUCCACCACAUCCUUAAGGCAAAGAACUUGACCGACAAGUUCCCGCUGUUCACCGCUGUCCAUCAGAUCUGCUUCGAGAAGCACCCUGUUACGGAGUUCGUCAGCUGCCUGCAGAACCACCCAGAGCACAUGUAAGGUCAUCAACACUGACCAGGCCUCGCACCAGCCAGGGGAAGGUGUUGGGAACAUCUCAUGAUGUCAAGGCCAGAGGCAGGGGGCACUGAAUGGGGAAGGACUCAACUAUGUCAUUGUGCCUGUGUUUUUUUUUGUACUCUAUGCAUAUCUCCAGAAAAUGAGAAAUGAGAAAUGUCACCCCUUUCGGCUGAAAGAAGCGCUUCUGUCCAGUCAGUCCCGCCGCACUCUCAGUACAUUUGGAGAGCAGAGCUGCUAAACUCUGAAGGAUGCAGUUUACUAUUUUUAGAUGCCAUGCCCACGGGGUUUAAUUACUGUACAAGAGUAUGCUCAUCUAUUUUCUCACACAAAGAUACAUUAUAUUGCUAUGUAAAUGAUUGUCUUAAGUUACUCUUUACUUGAAGGAGAGAAUAAUUACCCACAGUAACGUAACAGACUGUUGCAUAAAAGUAACUUAUGGCGUCUGGCCAGUUGUGAGCAUAGGGGAAACCCACACAGAUUAAGUGCCUUACACAUCUAUGCGUCUGUCUUUGUCUACUUACUUGGAACUUUGAACUCUGUGUAAAGUCAACAGAAUGGGAAAAAACAUCUGCACACUGAAGUCCCUGUUCUCACACAGAAGAAACAUUUCAGGCUAGUGAUCAUCUUCAGAGCACAAGAUAUUGCCUUGUGGGAACGUUUAUAUUUAAAAAGUUAGCAAAAAUAGCUUAUAUGUGUAUCUACUCCCGUUUUGCUGAUGCUUUGUAUGAAGUCCCUCAUCUACUUUCAAGGACAUAUCUGUUCACUAUUUGACCACUUUUGAAGUUAAACUUCAACAGGACUCUCAUAACUGUCGACAUGCUUGUCUUUUAUGAGUGGCGCCAUUUCAGUUCCCUUCAAGAUAAGGCGAGAAUGGUUUGAUACAUACGUAUUCUGUAUGACUGGAUAAUGUGAAAGGUAAACUGUUCAGAAAUAAAUUAUUUAAAUGUGCGUCAAA